CUGGCUGACAAGUAAGCACUGCCACUGCUGGGCAGCGAGCACUGCACUCGAGCUGGAGGAGGAAGAGGAGGAGGAAGAGGGAAGCUACCACCAAGGGGCAGUGCCCCCAUCCUGGGGGCAUCAUGCCACUCUCCACAGCCAAAGUGGCAACUCGGCUGGCUCAAGGAGUCACAGCCAAAAGAGCAGCAGUGGCACUGUUGGUGGCUCUGUACGGUGCCAAGAAGUUGUACCCGAUCCUGCGACGGCAGUGGGCAACCUCUGUCCUCCGGGUGAACUCCAACCUAACGGCAAACUCCAAUUCUGCUGAGGCACCAGCCAGCUGUGGGUUCCCAGAUGAGGUGACAGCAUCCCCACCUGGCGUGAACAGGGUGUUCUUUCUCCGCCUCUUACGCCUUCUGCGCUUGCUGUUCCCUGGGCUACUCUGCCGGGAAACAGGGCUUUUGGCCUUGCACUCGGCUGCCCUAGCCAGCCGCACUUUCCUCUCAGUGUACGUGGCCCACCUAGAUGGACGCUUGGCCCGCUGCAUCGUCCGCAAGAAUCCACGUGACUUUACGUGGCAGCUUUUCCAGUGGCUCCUCAUUGCCCUCCCAGCCACCUUCGUCAACAGUGCCAUUCGGUACCUGGAGGGGCAACUGGCUCUGGCCUUUCGUGGCCGCUUAGUGGAACAUGCCUACCAGCUCUACUUUGAGGGCCAGACCUACUACCGGGUCAGCAACAUGGAUGGACGCCUGCGCAACCCAGACCAGUCUCUCACAGAAGACCUGGUGGCCUUCGCCAACUCUGUGGCCCACCUCUACUCAAACGUGACCAAGCCGGUGCUUGAUCUCAUUGUGACCUCGUAUACGCUGCUCAGUUCGGCCAGAUCCAAGGGGGCCGGCACAGCGUGGCCCUCGCUUAUUGCUGGACUGGUGGCUGGCCUCACUGCCAAGGUGCUGCGCUCCUGUUCGCCAAAGUUUGGCCAGUUGGUAGCUGAGGAGGCACGACGGAAGGGGGAGCUCCGUUAUAUGCAUUCCAGAAUGGUGGCCAACUCUGAAGAGAUUGCCUUCUAUGGGGGGCACAAGGUGGAGCUGUCCCUUCUGUGGCAGUGCUACCGCAACCUCGCCUCCCAGAUCAACGUGCUGCUCUUAGAACGGCUCUGGUACGUCAUGCUGGAGCAGUUCCUCAUGAAGUACGUGUGGAGCGCUGCCGGGCUGGUCAUGGUGGCCGUGCCGAUCAUCACUGCCACCGGUUACUCUGAGACAGACUCAGAAGCUGUGAAACAAGCUGCCCUGGAAAUGGAGGAGAAAGAGCUGGUGAGCUUGAGAACUGAAGCCUUCACCACAGCCCGGAACCUGCUGACUGCAGCAGCCGAUGCCACAGAGAGGGUCAUCUCUUCGUACAAAGAGCUGACUGAGCUGGCAGGGUACACUGCUCGUGUGUAUGAGAUGUUCCAAGUAUUUACGGAUGUGAAAGACUGUAACUUCCGGCGUCCUGGGGAACUCGAGGAGAGGCAGGCUCGUGCUGGAACAGUGAUGAGGCAUGGGACACGUGUAGAGGGACCUCUCCGGAUACAAGGACGUGUGGUUGAUGUUGAUAAUGGAAUUAUCUGCGAAAACAUACCCAUCAUCACUCCCACUGGAGAUGUGGUGGUCACCAGUCUCAACAUCCGAGUAGACGACGGCAUGCACCUGCUGAUCACAGGCCCCAAUGGCUGUGGGAAGAGCUCACUGUUCCGUAUCCUGGGCGGGCUCUGGCCGACGUAUGGAGGCACGCUCUACAAACCACCUCCCCAUCGUAUGUUCUACAUUCCACAGAGGCCAUACAUGUCUGUGGGGACCCUGCGGGACCAGGUGAUCUACCCAGACACAGCUGAGGACAUGGCGCAGAAAGGACGGUCAGACGCAGACCUGGAGCGAAUCCUGGGCAUCGUCAACCUCACAUAUAUCGUGCAGCGUGAGGGAGGCUGGGAAGCUGUCAGCGACUGGAAGGAUGUGCUGUCAGGUGGUGAGAAGCAGCGGAUGGGGAUGGCCCGGAUGUUCUAUCACAGUCCAAAGUAUGCUCUCCUGGACGAAUGCACCAGCGCUGUCAGCAUUGACGUAGAAGGCAAGAUCUUCCAAGCAGCAAAGGAUGCAGGGAUAGCACUGCUCUCAAUCACCCACCGACCUUCACUAUGGCAUGUCUGCGGAGCCCGGCUGCCAGCAGACACCACCAUGCGGGAGCUGAAAUGCCCCUGGCGCGGCCAACCGGAUUUGGCCAUGUUCCUAGGCUACCAGCUGCUGUACCAAAUGGUUCUGCUGAUGCUCCUAGUGCCGUUGUCCCCAGCUGCUCGGCCUCCCUCCUACCCAUCCUUCUUGGUCCCCAACACUACCUUCAAUCAUCUAGCCCAAGCCCAGGACACAGGGAUGCUGUACGUAGGUGCCGUCAAUGCCUUGUUCCAGCUGAGCCCUGAGAUGAGGCUGGUGGGGCGUGCCCGCACAGGGCCGGCCCCAGACAGUCCAGAGUGCCUCCCUUUCCGCAAUGCCCACGAAUGCCCACAGGCCCGGCUCACAGACAACUCAAACAAGCUGCUGCUGACCAACGAGCAGGCCGGGGAGCUGGUGGUUUGCGGGCAGCUCUUUCAGGGAGUGUGUGAGAAGCGAGCCCUUGCAGACAUUGCCAAGCUGUUGUACCAUCCUGAGGAUCCUGGGGACAAUCAGUUUGUGGCGGCCAACGAGCCACGGGUUUCGACCGUGGGGUUGGUGGGGCACCAUGAUGGCCGUGAUCUGCUCUUUGUGGGCCGUGGGCUGACUGCAAAGCUCUCCGGGGGAAUCCCCCCAUUCACCAUCCGGCAGCUGGAAGGAGCCCAGGCCUUCUCCAAUGAGGGGAUGGGAAAGCUGGUGGUGGGCGACUUCUCUGACUACAACAACAGCUAUGUGGGUGCCUUUGCCUCCGACGGCUAUGUCUACUUCCUUUUCUCUCGGCGUGGGGCCAAGGCACAAAUGGAGUAUCGCACCUACCUCUCCUGGAGCUGCAUGGAAGACACAAACCUCUAUUCCUAUGUCGAGCUUCCCCUUGAGUGCCGGGAUGCAAAAGGGCACAUCUACAACCUGGCUCAAGCCGUGCAUUUGGCACCUGGUUUUGCAGGGAAAGGGAAAACUAUCUUUGUGGUCUUAGCCACCGGGCAGGGCUCCACUGCAUCCCCGACAGCGCAGACCGCCCUGUGUGCGUACAGCUUGGACGAGGUGAAUGCUGCUGUGGAGCGGACACGGCGGCUGUGCUACACCUCAGCCGGGAUGAGUGCAGCCAGGGAGGAAGAGGCUGCCAUUGAGUACGGCGUGACCUCACGCUGUAACUCCUUACCCAAGGAGUCCCCUGAGGCUUACCCCUGUGGGGAUGAACACACACCUAGUCCCAUAGCCAGCCGAAAGCCAGUGGUGUCUGAGGCCCUCCUAGCCACCAUGCCGAGACUGACAGCUGUGGCAGCCAUGGUAGAAGCGGGACAUACCAUUGUCUUCCUGGGGGAUGGCAUCGGGCAGCUGCAUAAGGUUUAUGUGAAUGGCUCCAUAGCACAAGUCUACAGCACAAUCCCCACUGGCCAGCGCUCUCCGGUCAAUCCAGACCUACUACUAGACAACAGCGGAGCCCACCUGUACGUGAUGACAACCUCACAGGUCUCCAAGGUCCCUGUCUCAGAAUGCCCUCGUUUCCAGGACUGUGCCUCUUGUCUGCGUGCCCGGGACCCCUUUUGUGGUUGGUGUGUCCUGCAGAGCAGGUGUACCAGGAAGUUGGAAUGUGAGCGCCAUGAAAUGGCCAAUCACUGGCUCUGGAGCUAUGGGGUUGAGAGCCAGUGUUUGAGAGUGGAACAGAUGUCACCAGCCAAUCAGAGCCGAGAAGAGCAGACAGAGGUCUCCCUGCUGGUCCCCCGUCUCCCUGCUCUGGCUGAGGGAGAGCAUUACCACUGUGCCUUUGGGUCCCAAGACAGCCCAGCCCAGCUGCAAGAUUCUUGGGUUCGCUGCUUCUCACCUGUUCCUCAGCAGGUGCCACCCACCCAGGAAGGCAAAGAUCAUGUGACUGUGCCAUUAGCACUGAUGUUCCAGGACGUGGUUGUGGCCUCCAUGGGAUUUUCCUUUUAUGACUGCAAUGCCGUGAGCCGACUCGCUGAUGCCACCCCGUGUGGAACAUGUGUGGACAGCCCCUGGAUGUGCCACUGGUGCCCAUCUAGUCACCGAUGUGUCCCGAGAGGGCCCUGCCAAGAUGGAGAAGAGAUUAUUUAUAGUCAGAAGCUCUCCACUGAAGAACUCCAGGGCCCAGCUGCCUGCCCUAGUAUUGGGGGAAUUGGAGAGAUCCACUUGAUCCCUGUUGGUGUAGAAAUGCCACUGGACCUGGUCGCCUGGAAUUUGCACUUGUUGAAGGGCCCAGUGACACUCUCCUGUGUACUGGAGGUGGAGGGAACCCCAGUUUUGGUCCCAGCAUCCCUGGAAGAAGGGGACAGGGGAACUUCCCAGCCUGUGCAAUGCCUGCCCCAUGCCUAUAGCUACACACAGUCUGCCCCAGAACUGCAUGUCCCACUCUACAUCAUGGUCGGGGAUGACCAGCGCCUCGACAGCCAUGGAGACCUGAACGUGACUUUGUACAAUUGUUCUGCUGGCCGUUCUGACUGCAGCCGCUGCAAGGCUGCCCCCCGGCGUUUCCGCUGUGUCUGGUGCCAGCUGGAAGAAGGGCCUAGCUGCGUCUAUGAGGAGCAAUGCCCCUCCAAAGUUGGUGUGGCUGCUUGUCCAUCGCCAGUCAUCCACUCGCUCCAUCCCCUCAGUGGACCGCUGGAAGGGGGCAUGUCUCUCACAGUGACAGGAUCCAACCUGGGCCAUCGUUUUGAGGAUGUGGCCAGAACCGUGCUGGUGGCUGGGCUACCGUGCAUCCCUGAUCCAGCCCAGUAUCUAGUCUCUACUCGGAUUGUCUGUGAGGUGCCUCCUGGAAAGCGAGGAUUGUCUGGCCCUGUGGAGGUCACUGUUGGAGACCGUCCCCCAGGAGUUUCUGCAAGCCACUUCACCUACCAGGACCCCACCCUUCUUGAUCUGUACCCAAGGCUUGGUCCCAUGGCUGGGGGCACUCGGCUCACCAUCACUGGGGAGCAGCUUCUGACAGGCACUGAGAUAGCCACCUUUGUGGGGGACCUGCCCUGCAUCCUCGAGGAACCCAUGAAACCUGAGGCCAUCAUCUGCCGCACCAGUGCCAGCCCAAAACCACAAGAGGCACGUGUCUGGGUCCAGUACGGCGAAGCACAGCGCCUACUGCAGGAGAAACCCUUCCAUUACACACUUAACCCGCAACUAACUGGAGCUUUCCCAUCCACCAGCUUCCAUGGGGGAGGACGGAUCAUUCACGUUGAAGGGAUGAAUUUGGAUGUGGUGCUGCAGCCACUCAUUAAAGCUGUUCUGGAGCCGGAAGAGGAAGGAGUGGAAAGCCGCCGGAAGAAAAGAGCAUGUGACUCCUUGCAGGGGCCUCAUGCCCCACUGACCCCAGCUCCGCCACGUCCCUGUGUUGAGGUUGGGAACUUGCUGGAGUGCUGGGAGACUUGCUGUGCCAAUUCAUCCACCCUGCUCCUCUGUCCUUCACCUGCUGUGCCACCCCAUGCUCGCUUCCACCAUCUUCUCUUUGAGCUGGAUGGGCUCCGUGUCUCCUUUAGGAAUGCCAGUGGAGGCCAAGAUUUCUCCUACAAGCCUAAUCCUCAACUGCGCUGGCCUGGCAGGGAUUCCACCGGACGUCCUUUCAGUCUUAAGCCUGGCAACGUCUUAGACAUAGAGGGAGAAGGCUUGAACCUUGGCAUCAGCAAGGAUGAAGUGCGGGUCAUCAUUGGCAACAGCGUCUGCACAGUCAAGACCCUCACGCUUAACCAUUUGUACUGUGAGCCCCCCUUGCAGCCCCCCCAGCCACUUAAUGCUUCCUCUGUGCUGCCAGAGUUCAUUGUACAGAUGGGAAACUUACUCCUGGAUCUUGGUCGAAUUCGCUAUGACACAGAGCCACCGUCCCGUUUCCCUCCUGAAGCCCAAAUUGGGCUGGGAGUGGGAGCAGCUGUGCUGGCUUUUGUUGUGUUGCUCCUCAUCCUGAUGUACAGACGGAAGAGCAAACAAGCCCUUCGAGACUACAAGAAAGUGCUGGUACAGCUGGAGAACAUGGAGAGCAGCGUUGGCGAUCAAUGUCGCAAGGAAUUCACUGACCUAAUGACAGAAAUGACUGACCUAAGCGGGGAGCUAGAGGGCUUGGGGAUCCCAUUCCUGGACUACAACACCUACACCCAACGUGUCUUCUUCCCGGCUCAGGGGGAUGUGCCCUUGCGACGGGUGCUGGACCUGCCCGAGGGCCGCCGUGCCACAGUGGAGCAGGGCCUAGGGCAGCUCUCCAAUCUGCUGAACAUCAAAAUCUUCUUGCUGACGCUAAUCCGAACACUGGAGGCCCAACCUACCUUCUCCCAGCGGGAUCGAUGUCAUGCAGCGUCCCUCCUCUCACUGGCUCUUCACGGGCGCUUGGAGUACCUAACUGACAUCAUGCAGACCCUGCUGAGUGAUCUUGCUGCCCAGUGUGUGGCCCGCAACGCCAAGCUCAUGCUCCGCAGGACAGAAACCAUGGUGGAGAAGCUACUGACCAACUGGAUGUCCAUCUGUCUCUACUCCUAUCUCAGGGAGGUGGCUGGGGAGCCCCUGUACAUGCUGUUCCGCGCCAUCAAGUACCAGGUGGACAAGGGCCCAGUGGAUGCCGUGACAGGCAAGGCCAAGCGGACGCUGAAUGAUGGACGGCUGCUGCGAGAAGAUGUGGAGUAUCGGCCCCUGACCUUGACUGUCCUGGUGCGGGGGAGCGGGCCCAGUGGUGGGGCUGAGAUGCAACGCAUCCCAGCCCGUGUCCUUGACACAGACACCAUUACCCAGGUGAAGGAAAAGAUCUUGGAUCAGGUCCACAAGGGUGUGCCUUUCUCUCAGCGCCCUUCCGUGCACUCGCUUGACCUAGAGUGGCGCUCAGGUGUCGCUGGCCACCUAACACUUUCUGACGAGGAUCUGACAUCUGUCACACAAAACCAAUGGAAGCGACUCAACACGCUACAACAUUACAAGGUUCCAGAUGGGGCCACAGUUAGCCUCAUCCCCCGCCUUCACAAUGACAUCUCCCAGGGAACUGGCCAGAACAUUUUCUCUGGAGAAAAUACCCCUAUGUUAGAGGAUGGCGAGGAGGGGGGACUGCGCCUCUGGCACCUUGUAAAGCCAUCCGAGGAACCUGAACCCACAAAACAGCAGCAAGACCGACGCAGCAGCCUGCGUGAGCGUGCAAAGGCUAUUCCUGAGAUCUACCUCACCCGUCUGCUUUCUAUGAAGGGAACACUGCAAAAGUUUGUGGAUGACGCUUUCCAGGCUGUGCUGAGUGUUAACCGCCCAGUACCAAUCGCUGUCAAGUAUCUGUUCGACCUUUUGGAUGAGCUUGCAGCACGGCAUGGAGUCAGCGAGCCAGAGAUACUGCACAUCUGGAAGACCAACAGCUUGUUGCUGCGUUUCUGGGUGAACACUCUCAAGAACCCACAAUUCAUUUUCGAUGUGCGAGUCUCCAACAAUGUGGAUGCCAAUCUGAGUGUCAUUGCUCAAACUUUCAUCGAUGCCUGCACCACUGCUGAGCACAAAGUUGGCAGAGAUUCACCAGUCAACAAACUGCUCUAUGCCAGGGAAAUUCCACACUACAAGCAAAUGGUUGAGAAAUAUUAUGCUGAUAUCCGACAGACUGUUCCUGCCAGCUACCAAGAGAUGAACUCAGCCCUGACAGAACUCUCAGGGAAAUAUUCAUCGGACCUCAAUUGCCUGGUGGCCCUGCAAGAACUUUACAACUAUAUUAACAAGUACUAUGACCAGAUCAUCAGUGCGCUAGAAGAGGAUCCACUGGGGCAGAAGAUGCAGUUAGCAUAUCGACUGCAGCAGAUUGCAGCUCUCGUGGAGAACAAAGUGACUGACUUGUGACAUUCCUGAAUCUGCCACAUGCCCAGAUUGAACAUGAACAUGACCAACUGUGCAAUCCUAAGCUUGUUUACUCAGAAGUAAAUCCUGCUGAGUUCAAUGGGGCUUACUCCCGAAUAACUGCAUUCUGUGAUUGCAGCAGAAGGGACAGGCUGAUCUACCCUGAAAGCGCUCCAUUUCUGUGCACAUGUUCCCCCCACCCCUCCUCACCCACCCAGUGCCUUAACUGCAUCGAUGCUGCCAGGCUCUCUUGCACUUGGUGCUCUCUCUCUCUUUAAAUACUAGCUGCAAAGGGAAUCCUCCCAGUCUGAUACACUGGCUUUGUAAAUAAAAGGGUGUAUUUAUUUCGGACACUCUCUGAAGAGCGUGCUGGCUGCUAUCUCCCCUCUUGUGGGGAGGGGAAUCAUGGCAGCUCCCUGCUGACCGCUGCAGUGCCCAGGAUUUGGGGAUUCACUCCUUCCACCCACAAUUUCCAGGGCGGUAAUGCACUAACAUUGGGGUGGCAACACCACUUUCCAGCUUCCUCUGGACAAACAGACUCUUAACUAGUCUCUCUCUUAACCCUUCCCAUCUAUCUCCUCCCAUCCCCAAUUUUAUGUAUAUAUGGGAGCUGUCUGCUCCAGGAUUGUAUUUAUUUUAAUGAGAUUUGGAAGAAUUAAAAGAAAAUCUUUUCAGAAAAAU